AUGAAAUAUUUAUGCAUAUGAUUUUCUUGUUAUUCCAGGAAAUAACAGGAAAUGGGAGGAAAAUGACUGAGCUAAGACAAGUACAUGAAAAGAGGAUUUUUGUUGAAACCAUUGUUAGUCUUCUGCCAAGGGAGAAAAAUGCCUUGUCAGUUAGCUUUCUCGCAAUGCUUCUUCGCGCUGCAAUAUAUCUUGAAACUACAGUUGCUUGUAGAGUUGAUCUGGAGAGGAGAAUCGCGUUGCAACUUGGACAAGCUGUAUUAGAUGAUUUGCUAAUUCCUUCAUAUUCUUCCUUCACAGAAGACACAUUAUUUGAUGUUGAAAUCGUGCAACGUAUCAUGACGAAUUUCAUUGAGUAUGAAAUGGUGGAGAAUCGGUUUGGCUUCAACGAUGAAGAGUAUGCGCCUGCAUUAGCAAGUGAAAUGGAGAAAGUUGGGGAACUCAUGGAAGAUUACCUUGCUAAAAUAGCCUCUGACAAUAAUCUCUCUGUUUCGCAGUUUAUUAGUAUUGCUGAAGUCAUUCCAGAGAAAUCAAGGAUCACAGAAGAUAGGAUGUACAAGGCCAUUGAUACUUAUUUGAAGGCACAUCCAGCUCUAAGUGACGUUGAGAGAAAAAGAGUUUGCAGUGUUAUGAAUUGUCAAAAGCUAACUCGAGAAGCUUGUGCUCAUGCUGCUCAGAAUGAGAGGCUCCCUGUUCAGACUGUUGUGCAAGUGCUUUACUUUGAACAACAACGCCUUCGCCAAGUUAUGAAUGGUAGUUUAGCCGAUGCAGAUCAGUCAUCCGCUGACAAUAACCCUGUUACAGAUGAAGUCUCAAGUCUAAAAAGAGAAAAUCAAGAUCUAAAAUUCGAGCUAGUGAAAAUGAAAACGAGGUUGAAAGAAAUUGAAAAAUGUGGUGAUAAAUCAGCUGCUAGUACACCUGUGGAGAUCACCACUCCAAUAUGUUCUGAUAAACCUCGUCUGCGAAGAAAAUCUUUCAUAAGCUCAGUUUCCGAAAAGCUUGGGAAACUGUAUCUAAUAUCAUUUGGAGCUGAUCAUGUAAUCAUGCCAUCGGGCAGCAAAGGAAGAUAUAAACCAAUUAGUAGAGAUAGGCGAUAUUCUAUAUCAUGAUGCAGCUAAAUUUGCCAUUAAGCUGUUGGUUUUGGCUGAAGUAGAUUGCACUAUUUGAAUCUUUGGAAAGCAGUAAUGGAUUUAGCUAUAUUUCUGUCUUU